AUAAAAUGUGGCGUUUGUUUGUGGCAUUUCCACUUUUCGAAUGGGCAGCGACUCCAAGGGCACUAAGCGCCUCCAUGAGGACGACGGAGACGCUCACGAGCGCGAUGAGGGGGCGAACGUGCAGCCUCUGGACGUAAUAUCCAUGCAGCAGUUACUAGAGUCCAUGGGCGCCGACAAAUUUGAGCCACGCGUCGUGGCGCAGCUCCAGGAAUUCGUUCACCGCUACGUGACAGAGAUCCUCGUGGACGCCCAGGAGUACUCCAUGUACGCGGACAAGCAGACAAUCGACCCUGAUGAUAUUCGGCUGGCUAUUUCGUCGAGAUUGAACCACCACUACGCCCAAGUGCCGCCCCGGGAACUGAUGAUGGAGCUGGCGGACAAGCGCAAUAGUAUUCCACUACCACCAAUCUCGAACGAGUAUGGUGUCAGACUUCCGCCAUUGCAGUACCAAUUGGUGACGAAGGAGAGUGAUCGACACGAACCGAAAACGCCGAAUACACCUCGACUGGGGGACGCUACUGGUUUUGGGUCUACAAUCAGAGGAGAUGCUGCCAGACCGCCCAUUCAUCCUCGUAUUGAAGGUUCCCGCAACAAGAAGUAUGCUCGCAGACCUAUUCCCAUUAACAUUAAUUCGAACAUGUAAUGCUCAUGUCAACACCACAAGUGUUAGACACUAGCAGCGUCGUUUGCACGUAUUGAUGCCUUCAGAGAUUUUUCAUUCCUACCAAUUAUAUAACCUAAAUUCGAUUCCUG